GGGGGAGGGGCUAUCAAGCCGGAAGUGUGGCGUUUCACGACCCGAACUUUACAGGAGGCCAUGGAGGCUUACGAGCAGGUCCAAAAGGGGCCCCUGAAGCUGAAAGGCGUCGCAGAGCUCGGAGUGACUAAGCGGAAGAAGAAAAAGAAAGACAAAGACAAGGCGAAACUCCUGGAAGCGAUGGGAACGAGCAAAAAGAACGAGGAGGAGAAGCGGCGCGGACUGGACAAGCGGACACCGGCCCAAGCGGCAUUCGAGAAGAUGCAGGAGAAGCGGCAAAUGGAAAGGAUCCUGAAGAAAGCAUCCAAAACUCACAAGCAGAGAGUAGAGGACUUCAACAGACACCUGGACACGCUCACGGAGCACUAUGACAUUCCCAAAGUCAGCUGGACCAAGUAGCAGGCCCACCCUGGGUACCAAGUGGCAUCGAGGAGGAGCAGAAGGCAACGUCGGCUAUGUUUGGGGCCUUUGGUAUUUUCUAGAAACGUUCUUGUGCACACAUCCUUGCGUCUUCUGCUGAGACACUGCUUUUCAAAGCUGUGUGUCCUCAUUCUGGAACUUGAUUAAAGUAAGACUGUCCUUUUCCUCAGUUUUGAUUUCUCAGUAGCACAUAGACGAGAGACCUCUUUAGUUUGAAAAGUUUAUCCAGAGAUGAAGGUUAUUUCUGGGUAAGUGCCGUGGAAAAGUGUUCUUAACCCCAAAUUGCCUCUGACUCUUCGACAGCCAGCCAGCUGGCUUUGCAUGGAUAAAACUGACUCCAGAGAACAAAGAGCUGAUGUCGUCGCGGCCCUGAGCAUGUACAUCCCUGUAGAGCCCUGCACGGCCUGCCCUUCUAAGUUCCUUCUAGCUUGGGUCUUGUGCUCUCCUAGGGCCUGGAGAAGCCACUUGGAGCUCUAUAGCCUUCAGACUGCUUCCUCAGCCACCUGGCCAGUGAGGCAAGACAGCCUGGGAAACAGAACCAGCACCUAAGGCACCGAUGGAGCAUAUACCUUGUCCCUUUCUGAUCCUGUGGCCAGCGUGUAGCUUCUUCUCCCAGCAUCCCCAUUCCAGACAUGGGUCUAGUGGGUGUCACCAUGGCAGACAUUGCCAGUCAACACAACUUUCUUUGUAGGGGAACCCAGUCAGACACAGCCUGCCAUCUUACCCUCAACCCUGGGCUCCAAGCAGCCCCCUGUAUUUAUUCAGAGUUGGUACAUUACACGUUUGGCAUUCACCAAGGCAGAGCCCCAGCACAGACGUGCACACAAUUGAAAGGAGGGACUCAGGUCCCCAUGCUGGAGAGCCAGGAUCUUUGAGGGUCUCUGUGUCCGCACCAGAUGAGGAUCAAGUUGCAUUUGCAAUUGGGAGAAAGUGUGUUGACAGAGAUGCUGAAAGGAUAAGAAAGGGAAGAAAAACCAAGUAUUGGGUUUGGGGACUGCCACAUGUGGAAUGCAGAAUAAAACAAGCUAUUAAAUAUAA